AUGUCGUUCUUCGCCCCCACCGCGACAGCCUACAAGCCUCAGAUCCGCCAGGAGGGCUUCCACCUGCCGUCGCCGCCCCCGAGCGUGCCCUCCCCAUCAAUGACGGACAACAUGUUCGGCCACCACUCGCUCGAUCUGAGCGACGAGCUGGCCUCGCUGAUGCCCCAGACGACGGCCACCUCCCACGAGCGCUCGACCCACACCCCCGACGAGCACCCCUACCGCCACACCCACAACAUAUUCGACAUCGGCCUCGGCCCGCACAACCCGCAGCAGCAGCAGCAGCAGCAGCAGCAACAGCAGCAAAUGCAGGGCUACCCGUACGACUACCACACGCAGCAACACACGCCCCUCCCGCCCGGCUUCAACUCGACCCUCCCGGCUCUCGGCUCGUCCCUCCGGUACGAGGACGCCAACUACCACCCCCAUCAACGGGCGCCUUCCUCGAACCGCUCCCGCUCUCGCUCGCGCGACGUCCACGCGGGCUCCCUCCCCGUCCCCAGCGCCAACGGCGGCCCGACCCGCACCCAGCGCGCCAAGCGCGGCUCGCUCUCGUCCACGUCCCCGCCACGCGGCCCCCACGCGAUCCUCAUCCCGCCCCACGCCCGGGCACAGCAGCAGAAUCCGGUCUCGCCGCUCAGCCUGCACUCGCUGUCAACAUCCACCCCCGCGUGGUUCCCCAACGCAGCCCACGCCUACGACGCCCUUCCCACGCCCGACUCACUGGGUGGCCCCACCUUUGGCUCGUACACCAGCGGCGCUGGUCUGGGUGUGUCGCCCAAGGACAGCAUCAGCGAGGUCUCUGCCGUCGGCGGCGUCGAUACCGCGGCCAAGCAGGCGGCGAUCGCCAACGAGAAGAGGCGGCGCAGGCGCGAGAGCCACAACGCCGUCGAGCGCCGUCGGAGGGACAACAUCAACGAGAAGAUCGCAGAGCUCGCGACGCUCAUUCCAGAGAGCCUCCUCGACUCGAACGUCACGCCUCUAUCACCGACCGAAGCUGAUAUUUCGUCUCCCCUCGCUGGGCUUGUACCGGCUGCGGUCCAGGCGGCAUCCCCUCGCGAAGAGGACAAGGACGAGAAGGACCGCGACGGAGGCGUCAAGGCCAACAAGGGCAUGAUCCUCCGCAAGUCCGUCGAGUACAUCCGCUACCUCCAGCAGCUCGUCCAAGCGCAAGCCGCGCGCAACCGCGAGCUCGAGGCGCGUCUCGGUCCCAACGGGACGGCCGGGCUGUCGUCGUUCGGCCAGGACGGCGAGGGCGAGAUGACCGUCCUUAGCAACGGCAUGGGAGAUUACGGGCUCUUCGGCGAGCGCAGGAGUUUGGAGCGCGUGCUCGAGCACGAAAAUGAGAUGGACGUCGAGCGCAAGGGCUUGAGCGGGAGCGCACUCAGCGAGGGGUCGCCCGAAGACAGCUCGAGCGUCGGUCUUGACGACGAGUCUGCAGAGCGCGGGCGUGCACGGACGAGGGUCAAGGAGGAGGGCGACGCGGACGACAUGGAGGUUUCUUAG